AGGGACUGUCUGCGCGCGGGUGCUGGGUGCAUUUGGAAAAGCUCGUGUGUGAAGUUUCACCCAAGGGAUGUGGUGGCAUCCCGCAUUUCUGUCAUUACUAUAAUACUUGAAAUGCUGUGAAUUAUCUUGUGUUCUCGAUGUACGUUCAGAUGGAGUCAUACAACAAUCGCAGUGUGCGACCAGAUCUUCGGAGGCUUUUUGCGGCAUGCGAUGUCAACAGGUCCGGGGCAAUUGAAUACGAGGACUUCGCCACCGUAUGCCGGGAGCUCAGUGUGCCAGUAUCUCAGGUUAAACUACUCUUUAACAAGUUAGACACAGAUAUGGAUGGGAUAAUUAACUACGGUGACUUUUCUUCGCGAUUUCAUGAGGUCUCCGAAUCUCUGGAUUUCGCUUCUUUCGACGGGACAUUUCACUCAUCAAAAAGCGCUUGGGAGGAGUUUGAGGAGAAGCUUGGAGAUGAUAUACAAUACCUUAGAAGAAACAGCCGUGGGAGGCUGGAGGCCCUCCAUGAGCUCAUCCACUCUACUGCUGACUACACUCUGCUACAAAGUUAUGAAGCUCUAGUGACUGAUUUGGUCCGGGAUGACAAGGCACAAUGCUUUGAGGUAGAAAAGCUGGAAACAUCACUCCGAAGAACAGAAGAAAUCAAUGCUCAGCAGGCAGCAGAUCUUGAGGAAGAGAUGCAACAACACCUGUUGAACCUGGAGCAGAGAGUCCGGAGGGAGGAGCGUCAGAAAUUUGAAACUGUAUUUUCAGACCUCCAGAAGCGCCAUGAAAGACAGCUCACAGAUUUGCAGGCCGCUCUUGACCGACUAGGGAAGCAAGUAAAGCAAAACUCACAGACUUACUCCAAGGAGGAUGUCUAUAAGCUUAAAAAUCAGAUUCAUGAACUUGAACAGGAAAGGGAGCAACUGAAAGCAUAUUUAUUAAAGGCUCAAACUGACAUUUCUGUACUUCAAGCAGAGAUGGAUCAACUUAAAAAUGAUUAUACAGAUCAGAGGAUACAGUAUGAACGAGAGAAGGAUGCCCUGCUUAAGAUGGCACAAGACCAGCAGACCUACUCUAGUCAAAUUGAAAUACUACAGGCUGUGAACAAAAAUCUAUAUGACAGUAAUGAUGGUUUAAGAUCUGCUUUAGUGACAAAUAUUGAAUCAGCAAAAAAAAGAACUCCUUCACCUCGUGCUCAGAGUCCAGUGAAUAGAUUAAAGGCUUCUGAACAGACUCCUCCUCACAUCAAAAGUUACAACAGCUAUGCUGAUGAGGAUGAUGCUUCAUUGGACUUGUACAAAUCAGUCAAUUCCAAGUAUUCCCAUGUUGCUAGUUGGGCAGACAAGUAUCUGGAUAGUGGUGUUUCUGUGUCACAUGACACAGUGGAUGGCCAAGAUUCGUGCAGUGAAUAUGACAGUGAUCACAGCCAGGAUUCAGAAGAGACCAUUCAUCACAGCUAUUCAUAUGCACCAUCUGAAAUUGAGCUGUCUGAAGUGAAAUCAGAAGGGAUGGCAGACAUGGAAUCCAAUCACAUUUUCAGCAGACGUAGUUCCAUUUCAUCCUCCAUUAGAAGGCGACUUCCAGCAUUCAGUCAAAAGAAGACCAACAUGGAGGGGCUGGAGGAUUCUAAUUCACCUGGUCCAAUGUAUAAGCUUGUCCUUGCAGGAGAUGCAGGGUCAGGGAAAUCGAGUUUCCUUCUUCGACUGUGUAUGAACGAGUUCAAAGGAGACACAACAAGCACAUUAGGUGUUGAUUUUCAAAUGAAGAAGUUGUCAGUUGAUGGAGAGCAUACAUCUCUGCAGAUCUGGGACACAGCAGGACAAGAAAGAUUUCGUAGUAUUGCCAGGAACUAUUUUCGAAAAGCCCAUGGUGUUCUACUCAUGUAUGAUGUAACUUCUGAACAAAGUUUCCUUAACAUCAGAGAAUGGAUUGAUGCCAUCAGAGAAUCCACCGAUGAUCCGAUUCCAGUUAUUGUAAUUGGAAACAAGACUGAUUUACGAGAAGAACUGCCAGAGUCAAGCUGUGUUCACACCACACAUGGGGAGAAGUUAGCUAUGGCAUAUGGUGCUCUCUUCUGUGAGACAAGUGCAAAAGAAGGUACCAAUGUAGUGGAAGCCGUCCUUCAUCUUGCAAGGGAAGUUAAAAAGAAUGUGGACCUCCACCAUAAUGUGGAGCCGCCAAUGAAACUCAGUAAUCCAGAAAGGACAAACCCUCUUCCUAACUGCUGUAAGCUCUAGAGAAAUGUUAACCAACUUAAGAUGGUUUUAAGAGCAUUAUGGAAUUUUUGGCAGGAUCCAAAAACCAGUGUUUGUGUGUGUGUGUGCGUGUGUAUGUGUAUGUAUGUAUAUAAUAUGGGUGUGUGUGUAUAUAUAUGUGUAUAUAUAAGUACUUAAAUGUGUGUGGAAACUUCACAGCCAUGUGUGGUCGUUCAUGACAGCUGGGAUCAUAUGCAGAACAUUUUAACUUUCAUUUUCCCUUUUUACCUGCAACAAGCAUUUUUUAUUAUUAUUUUUUCUUUAGACUUCUCCAUAAAUUAACUAAAAAAUAUUCCCAUGCAUGAAUUUAGCACUGCACUUUCAGAUUAACCUCAAUUUAAAGUAUUCUUCACUUUCUGUAGUUCAGCACAAAUUUAUGAAUGCCAUUUUUUCACCUGGAUUUGCACUAUUACUGUAUCUUCUUCACAAUCUGUGUCACCUUUACAAUUUUGACUUUGAAAGUGACACCUGUGCUAAAGCAUGCCACAUUUAUUACACUUUUUAACAGAAAACUGAUGCCAUUUAAAAAUUCAAGAGCAUCAUAAAAAGUGUCAGCUCCUAUUGGAGAUACAGUAUUUUACCUAUUUUAAUAGGAGACCAUAUGUAUAUUUUGUGUAUGUAUAAUAAAGGGAAUUUGUCAAUAAUGUACAUGUUAAAGCUUAAAUUUGUAAAGUUAUAUUUCAACAUUCUUGGAGAUUUUUAUGAAACAAUUUGUUACAAUGUAUUUCAUCACAAUUUGUGAUUUUUAGUAAUAAGUUUGAAAUUUGGUGUUUAAAUCAAAAAGAAUAAUAAAUAUGUUACAGUGAAAUGUUGCUGGGUACAUUGUAUUAAAAGUUUAUUUUUGCUAAA